AUGUGUUACAUUAACGUUGCCCUCAAAAAACAAGCAUACCAACAGUACCCUUAUAUACCAGAUGCUAAGGAAACGUAUGACGCCAGUAACGCUGUGGACGGACGUAAAUCUAACCUGGAUAUGUCGGGUGGUCAAUGUGCUGUAUCAUAUAGCGUAAGAACCGCCACCUGGUGGGUGAACCUGAGCAGCAUCCACAGUAUACAUCACAUCACUAUCUACUUCAGGACGAACAAUGACGAUUACAUCUAUAAGACGUUCAUAACAGACCAUUUACUUGGAUUCUCCGUGUAUGUCUCCAAUACCACGGAUAGAUCACAGGGAACGUUGUGUUUCAAGGACGACAACUUCACAACAAACACAAUGCCUCAUGUCUUCACAACAAACUGUGCUGUCCAUGGACAAUAUGUCAUCUACUACAACGAGAGACUACCAGGAGUCGCCUACCCUGACGGUUAUGAUAGUAUUGUAUCGAUUAACCUUUGUGAAGUAGAGGUGUAUGGUUAG